CAAUGGGAACUGUAGACUGCUGUACAAGCAGCAGUCAGGAGGGAGAAGUGGUUGUCAUGGAGGAACUCUGAGGGAUACAAACAGACUACAAAUCAGCUAUAAGGGAGGUAAGGCACCCGGAGCAGUGUGGAGAAGAAGACAGACGAUGGCAGAAAGUCCAGGAGCAGCAGGACUCGUCAGCCUGCAGGACGCCCUGAGAGGACGCUCAGACGGAGCUCAGAGGAACAGAAGCAACUCCAACAUGGUCCGAGUGUUCAUCAGCUCCACAUUCACAGAUAUGAGCAUCGAGAGGAAAGCCCUGCUGGAGAAAGCUUACCCAGAAGUCCUUGCUUUCUGUCGCAGUCUUGGACUAGUGUUUGAGGUAGUGGAUCUGCGUUGGGGAAUUCGAAGCGUUCCGUCCGGAGACCACGAGGCCUGCGAGAUCUCCCUGCAGGAGAUCCAGACCUCCAAGAGGGUCUCAGCAGGUCCAGCUUUCAUCGUGAGAGUCUCAUCCUACUCAAAUUAUCAUUCAGAUUUUUACCGUCUUGUUUUGAUAAUAUCAAAGAUGGCUUAUUUUAACUUGAGUUUAAAGUAGUCACAAAUUCUUUAGGACAUAUUUUGACUGAUUAGUUUCUGUCCGCAUCAGCAUGUACUGUCUCUUACCUCCCUAAACUCACACAAUCAUGAAAUCUAUAUUUUCUCUUGCAGUUUUCCAUUCCUGGAAAAAUACAAAAUAGAACAAAAUAUUUGUUAUAUUGUUUG